AUGGAGGACAUGAACAGCCACUGUCCAGGGCUCACCGGCCUGAGGAAUCUGGGCAACACAUGCUACAUGAACGCGAUUUUGCAGUGCCUCUGCAGUGUGCCACCGCUCGUGGAGUAUUUCCUCUCGGGAAAGUACAAAGCAGCCCUACAGAAGGACAUUAGCGAGUCUGUGACUGCCUUUGGCUGUUUGAUGUCCGAUAUGUGGCUUGGAGAGUUCAACUGUGUUUCCCCGGAGGGUUUUCAUUCAGUGCUAGAGAAGCGGUACCCAACUUUUAGCAGGAGGACUCAGCAGGACGCACAGGAGUUUCUGAUCUGCAUGCUGAAUGAGCUCCAUGAGGCUCUCAAGAAGUCAAGCACAAGAUGUGUAACUGACGCAAAAGCAAGCAGAGAGAGUGUCAGUGAAACAUCUAUUAUCACACAGUUAUUUGAGGGACAACUCAGGUACGGUAUCACGUGUCUGGAGUGCAAGACCACCACCGAUAGACCUGAGAGCUUCACCGUUCUUUCCCUGCCCAUCCCUUCCAAGAGACCAUGCUCUCUGCAGGACUGUCUCAAAUGCUUCUUUCAGCAAGACACGCUGACUUGGAACAACCAAAUCCACUGUUCCUGGUGUGGAACCAAACAAGAUGCUGCAGUAAAGUGCACCAUAACCAAGGCACCGCAGAUCAUUAUUUUUCACCUAAAGAGGUUUGAAUGGCAAGGCAAACACAAAAGGAAACUCUCAACUGACAUCUGCUAUCCCCUCAGCAGCCUGGAUCUCUCUCCUUACAGUUCCCCCCUUUGCUGCCAGGACACAUACAGCCUGUGUGCUGUUGUGAACCACUCUGGUUUUCUGGAUGAUGGCCACUACACGGCGUUCUGCAAGCACUCAGUCACCAAAACCUGGUACAGCUUUGAUGAUGCACAGAUCACCGAGAUCCCAAAUUCCUCCGUGCAGACUGACAGAGCUUAUCUCCUAUUCUACGCCUGUCAAGGCCUUCUCUGGACCCAUUAA